AAACCAAUACUUAAACGUCAACCUGUUGUUUCAAAAUGUCAUGGUUUUGAGUUAACUGGUCUUACUGUCUAAGCAUUGGCUCCUUGUCUAAGCAUGGGGAAGCCUUGAGUGAAUGAUCCUUGAAAGGAACCUGUCAUGUCAAUAGAAGUGUGAAAUAAUAAUCUGAGUAAAGUAUGCUAAUAGCCCAAUUAAAUAAAUAAAUAAAUAAAUAAAUAAAUAAAUAGAUGAAACAUAGAAACAUAUCUUUACCAAAGACACUCUUCCAGACUGGUAACCACUUCAGAAAACUCAGGCCUUUCUUGUUGGAUGAAAAUACCAUAAUUUACUUUUUGAUCUGCAUUGUAUUAAACAUUAUACAGACCUAAAGCUUCACACAUUAUUCAAAUAUUUGGUAUGUAAAUAACAAAAACCUUUGGCUACAGGUGGAGAAUGCAGUCCUAAUGACUAGACUUUUCUUUCAGGUCUGCAACAGUUAACUAAUUUGGUAAAAGAUGCAGUAUGCAUCAAACUGCAGCGGUUCCAGUCACAGACUUCUUGGUCGUUGUGGGAGAACACAGUCUGCAAUAUGUUUUUAUAGGGACACCAGUAAAAAAUGAAAAGUGUGCUGCUCGUGGUCCUGACUUCCCUCACGCAUGCUCAGUUAAUGGAUUUUUGCCCUGCCUCUUGUGUGGUAUGCUCAGAAGAUGCAACGAUAUGCCAAAAGCUGGCCAAUGUUAUAUCCAUUCCUGUAACCACUAAAGCCUUGAUCUUCACCAAUGGGUACAUCAACUCUCUUCGUGACGCCAGUUUUUCACACUUGUCCAACAUGACACUGCUUGGACUUAGCAAUAACGUCAUAGCUAACAUUGAGGAGAAUGCUUUCCACAAUCUUACAAGCCUGAAAACUCUGCUCUUGGACCACAACCAGAUCACAAGUACUGCUAUUCUGGAUUCUACUUUUACCCAGCUCAGAAGCUUGGAAACCCUACAGCUGGGCAGCAAUGCUCUGCAGAACAUCAAUGGAAGCUGGUUUAAAGAUAUGACAAGCCUACUGACAUUACAGUUAGAAGGGAAUCAGAUUACAAAACUGGACAGCAAUACCUUCACAGAUUCUAACCUCCAAAACCUUAAGUGUCUGGAUUUGUCUAAUAAUCUGAUCAGCUACCUUGGCAAAGAUUCCUUUUCGAGUCUUCCCCGGUUGUACAGUUUGGAUCUGUCCAAGAACAGCCUGUCCAUCAUACCAGAUGCCUUUUCCUACCUCUCCUGGCUCUCGGUUCUGAACCUGGACAUGAAUCACUGGAACUGCACCUGUGAGUUACAAGAGCUUUCUGCAUUCCUUCGGAGAUUCAUCAAAAACCAAAACCAGGUCCUGCUCAACGGCAAGAAGCUGGUCUGUGAGAACACCAAGAACCCAGCCAUUCAAACCGUGCUGCAGCUGACGGAGUCCAACUGUGUGCCACCCAACCAAAACAUCACCAUCGUGAUAAAAAACAAAGAUUACAAGCACUAUGUGAGGGAUGUUGUCUUAGCAGCCAUCUUUUGCUUUGCAGGUGCAGUGGGCCUUACACUGGCAGGGCUUUUCUUCUUUUACAACAAACUGUUGCAAAGUAAAGGGCAGCGGUGUUGGAAAGAGAGACCUUGUCCACUACAUGGGGAGGACGGCACUUAUAACGCUCCUCGUAUGAGAAAUCAUGCGUCUUCUAGGAGAACCCCUGACUGUAUCUUCACUGAAGACAAUGAAGUGCAGGUGCUGUCUAUCGUGCACCCCAGAAACAAGCCCCAGCUCAAGCAGGAAAACACAGUAGCAGCCAUGGCAAGGACAGACUACUACAGGUCAAGGAAAAGCGACGAGCCUGCAAGAAACGUUUUUGCAUGUCUCAACUGCAGAUUGGUACAGUCAGUAUCAGAGAGAACACCUGGGAAAAAGAAAGCUGAUAAUAAGGGGUGCGAUGAUUUGAAGAAUCUGAGUCAGGUAACAAUUAACCUCAGCGAGCAGAGAGGGCUGGCACAGAGGGAGGAAACGCAGAGGUAUUUGCAGCAUCCUGCAUCGAAUAAUAAUGAAGAUGCCAGAAACGAGAGCCAACAUAAGCGAAGGCAUGCAGGUCACAACCCAGGUCAGUGUCAAGACCAGAUCACUCACAUCUUUGAAAAAGCAGGAAAACAGGGGCAUUACUGUAGUGGAGCCAAAGGGAAUAAACCCACGCAGUACAAUACAAUGCAUUCCAGAUUGGGAACAUGCUGUAUGCAGAGAGGACAUCAUGGUAACCGUUCUAUACAAGAAGGUCACCCUGAAAACAUUCACUCGCUGCCAGACUACCUCACCAUUAAUUGUGUUCAUUGUCACACCACCUAUGAAUACAGGAGAGAGGGGAGUGAAGAUAACAACAUCAAAACAGAAUUGGCAGAGGAAAAGACAAAAGAGCUGGUACACAGAAAUGAAGCAUUACUGAUUAGGAAAACAACACUGCACAGGGACUAUAUUGAAAAAACCCCUAUUGGACCACCUAAAAACAAGCUAGCACAGAUACAAAAGACUGUAUCCUUUAAACUACCCGACAACAUCAUGUCAAAUGUGCGUUUCAUUUCUCGAAAAGAGAUAGCAGCUCUUAGGAAACAUAAACGAAAGAGCAGUCAUAAACAUAACAAUGCAGAGGUGGAAAGCAUACAAUACACCCGUCCUACUGACGAAGAUAAAGAGGGGACAGUUAGUUCAAUUAAAAGGGCCUCAAAAAAUGGAAAAGCUGGAAGCUCCAAAGAGGAUAAGCAGACUCGAAUCCAAUCCAAACACAAGACACAAUCGAGCGGUUUAUUAAAGGUAAAGAUAAGUUUAGAUCCUUUCUGGAAAAAUACAGUUCAUCCUAGUAGAAAAGGGAGCAUAGAGGACGUUGAGAAGCAACAGGUUCACAGAAAACCAGAAAGAACAAUAGCAUUGAAAAAGAAAAGUAAAACAAUGAAAUCUAUAGAAAAAAAAGACCCCAUAGAAGUAGCCACCCCAGAGGUAGAACACGCUAGCAAGAAGAAAUCUAAAGCUCACAAAGCUCAAGAGACCAAGAAACAGGAAGACCAACUUAGUCAGGAUAACAAAAUGUUACCUGGAAUAGAUGCCACUCCAAAUCAAACAAUAGGGACUAGGAGAGACCCUGAGCAGGGGUCGCUGCACUUGGACAGAAGUUCUUCAUCAGCUGAAAAAGAGCCUGACAAUGCAACACCAUUACAAGCCCAGCACGAUGUAACAGCCAGUACCCCACAAGAGAAGGACAAAGAUGUGUCGGACCCCGGUAAACCAUCCAUACUAAACAUGCCUGAAGAAGACAGGCCAAAUGAAUCUCAAGGAAGCACAUCUGAGGUAGUGAAAGUAAAGAAAGGCAAAGACCAAAACACAAGGGAGGAGAGUCAUGUGAAGAAUAAUGAAACACUGCCUGUCACAGCUUUAACCGAAAGCGCUUUGGAAACAGAAACCUCGACUGAUCGAAAUGUAGAACCUCAUUCAGAUAUUGUUGAACCCAAGGAACAAGACACCACAUUUCCGAACCUUGGUACACUCAAAACCAAUGAGACUGGAGCAGAUGAGGGUUCAGAGAUCCAGAAUGGAAAAGAGUCGCAGGUGUUGAAUUCAGGAGCGCUGCAGGUCCAAGAGCAGAGUGAAAGCCAGAAGUUCAGCGUUCCUGCUUUUGAAAAUCCACAUCAGGACCCAACUAUCAACCAAAGUAAAAACAGGACGUCACUCGCUGCAGCUCCCAAUGAAGAAAUCCCAGGAUCAGAUAGUCUUCUUGAAAUCAGCAACUAUGAAACCCACGAUGACAUUUUAAAAGGAGGUUCUGAUGUAAGAAACAUUAUCUCUCAGAGUCAAAGUAUCAAUAAAAUAGAGGAUCCCGAGGUCGAAGGGCCUGUAGCUUCAGAGUUUCAUGAAGGAAUGAUUCCUCAAAAUCAAAUGACGGACAGUACAAACACUACCUCGGAUAAUGCCCUUCCCAAUUCAGAGUCAUCUCUAGACGGGGCAAAAUCUGAAACGAUUAAUAGCACAAGUCAUGCAGAAGCUGCUCCAAGUGGAGAAAACCAUUCAAACAACAACAGCACCCACUCAUCACUCUCUCUGACACAGAAAGAAGAUGACAAAGGACCAGUAGCUGUGGACAAUCAAAUAGCUAAUGUGCUGCUGUCCAAUUUAGAGCCAGAUAAAUACACUGGCAAGGCAGCUGCAACAAGUCUCAGCAUUUUACAAGAGAUAGAAGUUCCUUCAGGAGAGGGCACUCAGAAAAAGAAAAUCUGCCUUGUGCUCCCUGAACAAUCAAGUAACAGGCUACAAAGCGCACUAAAUAAAAAAAUAAGGUAGACUACAUCUAUUAGAACAGCCUCAGAUCAGACUCACUGGCUGUCCCUUCAUCAACUAAACCUGGACUGUAUGAUGAAAGAUGUGUGGUCUUUUUUUUAAUUUAUUGAUUUACUUAUUUAUUUUCUUAUUUAUGUAUGUAUCUAUUUCACAGUCUUCAACAGUAGCUUACAAAUAAUCACUCUUUUGAUGUGUAAUACUGUAUAUACAGUACGCAAUACUGUUUUUAAAGUUUUUUGUAAAAAAUAUAUUUUGAAAAUAUAUCUUGACAAAGUAUUAAAGGGCAGGGGUUUUAGGUAAUUUU